UUAUGACAUAAAGAAAGCAAAGAAAAAAUAAAAAAAAAAGCCUUCUUCUUCCCCACCCAACUCACAGCACACACAUCCACCAUUUCUCAACCCGGCCGCCGGUUCUGCUCCGCCGCUGCUCACCACCAUCUCACCUCCUUCACCACCACCACCAUUUUCUCUAGAUCCGCCGCCCACCAAUAAAUUUUAGUUUAUUGAAACUUUAGUUUCUACCUAUAAACUUUACGCGGGCCUCAAACCUUUCCCAAUCUCCUAUUGUGACGGCGGUGGUGGCGAUAAGGAAGAGCAAGAGAAGAGAAGAGAAGAAAAUGACGCAAUUUUUAGACCUAGCAGGUUUGGCCGUUAUCAAUGUCGCCGCCGUCGAGAGAAAACGCUUGGAGAUGUUAGAUAGGCCAUUGAUAUAAUUGGGGCUGGGUUGUACGGAUUCGAGUUUGGUAUGAAGAUUGUAGAAGAUGAGGUGUGAUGGUAUGCCACGAGACUCGCCGGUUCAGUAUGAUACAACGGGCGAGUGGGGGGCAAUUGUCUGACCAAGAAUAUUGUGAUUCCAUAAUCCGACAACACACCAUGGUCCAUCUCCGAUCGGGUAGAGAUGCGAAUACACAGGGAAUCGAACAAAAACUCGAAAGAAUCGAAAAUGCAAUAGCAUCUCUCAGCGCCGAAGUAAAGGCGAACGGGCCAAGAUUUCACAAAAUCGAAAAUGCAAUAGAAUCUCUCGGUGCCGAAGUAAAGGCGAACGGGCCAAGAUUUCACAAAAUCGAAAAUGCAAUAGAAUCUCUCGAUGCCGAAGUAAAGGCGAACGGGCCAAGAUUUCACAAAAUCGACAAUGCAAUAGAAUCUCUCGGUGCCGAAGUAAAGGCGAACGGGCCAAGAUUUCAAAACAUCGAAAAUGCAAUAGCAUCUCUCGGCGCCGACUUAAGGGCAAACGGGGCGAGAUUUCACAACGACCGCCUUCGCAAUAGUCAGAAUUGGACUGCCGGCGACUACGCCGUGGUGGUGAAGUACAGAGCCGGACACCCGUAUCCCCACUGCCCACGCUGCCCGGAUGUUCAAUUUAAUCAGAGCUAUCCCAUCAAUUCUGCACCGCCUGCGAAUUUAUUGCCCAAGAACUACAAUAUGUUCAUUGAAUGGCAGCGUAUGAGUCCAAUAUACAUGAGGGAGAAGUUAGAAGGACUUCACUGGUUCUAUAACGACAGUAGGUUCGAGGUGCCGAUGAAUGCAACUGCACAAAUGUGCAUUGAUGCAUUUGCCAAGCUGGAUGAGUUUCUUCGCUAUCCCGGAUACUGACCUGUUCUCCUUACAGCUCUCCUUACAACUGAUCUGACCUAAGUGAUUGAUAUUAGCAGGAUUUCUGACCUAAGUGAUUGAUAUUAGCAGGAUUUUCACUUCUAAUUUUCGUAUUUUGUACUUCGGAUUCUAAUCUUUAUUUUCAAAUUGUCUUUAGCAAAUAUUUGAGUGGGAUAGAUGGAUGAUAUGUAAUGGAUGAUAUAUAUGAGUUUUAUUUAUGUAGUUUUUCGGGUAAAGAGCAUAAAACCUUGUUCGUUAAGGAAAA